CGGAUGGGCCGGGCUGUGCCCAUGGCGGCGGGAGCUCCCGGGACGCCGUUCGAGCCGUGGGAUUUUGGUAACACAGUUGACAUAAUCAAAACAAUACCACAGGAUUUGUUUGCAGAGCUAUGUGAACAAAAUAUCCGAUAUCUCAAAUGCCAGAUCCCAGCUGUAAAUACAAUAGAACUCUGUCAGAGAUUUCAAGCCGCUGGGAUUGAGAUUGUCACUAGUGACUUGGUAAAAGUAGUUAAUGCCAUUUUCUUUAUAUUCAGCACAGCAGCAAAAAAUAAACUCUCAUCAGAAGAACUCUCCAUCAAACUAGGCCAUUCAGUCAAUGCUGUGCCAAAACAAGCUAUACAGGUUAUUCGGCACUUCUGGAAUGAACAGGGGAGAUCUGUCACAGCAUCAGAAGAGGCAAAGAGCGUUUCUGCUCUCGGACAGCUUGUUGACUUUCAGUGGAAGCUGGGCAUGGCAGUGAGCUCCGACAGCUGUAAAUCUUUGAAAUCACCCUAUGUUACAGUGACAGUGAAAGUGGUGGAUGCUUCUGGGCACAUCACAAGCAAAACGUUUGAAAUGACCGUCCCACAGUUUCAGAAUUUCCACGAGCAGUUCAAGGAAAUGGCAAGUGUUCUUGAGACCGUUUGAACUGCACUUCUGUAGUUCAUUUAAACCAAAACGAACCCUUUUCAUCUUGCCUAUAAAACUUAAUGGAUCGUCUUAAAGAAAGAUACGUAAGACCCUCAGCAUUUGAAUUUCCUUCCUGAUUUUGUCCAGCCACAAUUUCUUCUGGAAAGAAUUAUGAAGAACUGCAAGUGCUAUAAGAUACGUCUUGCUAAUGGCAGAAAUCAUAUAUACAUACAUACAUAUAUAUGGAUGUCUACGUCAAAAUUAUUUGUAUGAGCAUUCAGCCAGGAAGUCAUGAAUGGUUAGCAUGGGGUCUAUGAAAAAAUAACAUGCCACAUGUACUUUUCAUUAUUUCAUACCUUCUAUUAAAAUAUUUAAGUAGUACAA